CCCAGCCUCUCCCCCCGUGCCCUAACCCCGACUCGGGGCGUAAAGCCGGGUUUCUGUGCCCUCCCCAGCGGCCUGUGGGUGCUGCUCCGGGUGAAGUUCCACCUGCGGCGGCACCAGCGCUCCCGGGCCACGAUCCCGCGGCUCUUCCAGGCCGUGGCGCGGCGGCUGCCAGACAAAGCCGCGCUCAUCUACGAGGCCACGGGCGAGCGCUGGACCUUCCGGCGGCUGGACGAGUUCUCCAACGCCGUGGGCAACCUCUUCCAGCAGCUGGGCUUCGGCUCCGGGGACGUGGUCGCCCUGUUCAUGGAGUCGCGCCCGGAGUUCGUGGCGCUCUGGCUGGGCCUGGCCAAGGCCGGCGUCGAGGCCGCGCUCAUCAACUUCAACCUGCGCCGGGAGUCGCUGGUUUAUUGUGUCGCCGCCUCCGGCGCCAAGGCCCUGGUGUUCGGGGGGGAGCUGGCGGCAGCGGUCUCAGAGGUCAACGGGAUGCUGGGGAAGAAAAUGGAAAAGUUCUGCUCCGGGGAAUAUAACCCGGAUCUGGUCCCUGUGGACACCAAACACCUGGAUCCGCUCCUGAAUUCCGCCCCCAAAUCCCCCCCGGCGCAGAUCCCGUCAAAAGGCCUGGAUGACCGGCUCUUCUACAUCUACACGUCGGGCACGACCGGGAUGCCCAAGGCGGCCAUUGUGGUGCACAGCAGGUAUUACCGGAUCGCCGCCUUCGGCUACUACGCCUACCGGAUGCGGCCCGAGGAUGUGAUCUACGACUGCCUGCCCCUCUACCACUCAGCAGGGAACAUCAUGGGGGUGGGGCAGUGCCUGAUCCAUGGGCUCACCGUGGUCAUCAGGAAGAAGUUCUCGGCCAGUCGCUUCUGGGACGACUGUGUCAAGUAUCGCUGCACGAUCAUUCAGUAUAUCGGGGAAAUCUGCAGGUACCUCCUGAACCAGCCGGUCCGUGACUCCGAGAGCCGGCACCGCGUCCGGCUCGCGGUCGGCAACGGGCUCCGGCCCCACAUCUGGGAGGAGUUUACCCGGCGCUUCCGGGUGAAGCAGAUCGGGGAAUUCUACGGAGCCACGGAAUGCAACUGCAGCAUCGCCAACCUGGAUGGGAAGGUGGGAGCCUGUGGGUUCAACAGCCGGAUUUUGCCCAAUGUUUAUCCCAUCCGGUUGGUGAAGGUCAACGAGGACACCAUGGAGCUGAUCCGGGAUUCCCGGGGGCUCUGUGUCCCCUGUCGCCCAGGAGAGCCGGGGCUGCUGGUGGGGCAGAUCAACCAGCGGGACCCUCUGCGGCGCUUCGACGGCUACGUCAGCGAGAGCGCCACGAGCAAGAAGAUCGCCCACGACGUCCUGCGCAAGGGGGACCAAGCCUAUCUCUCAGGGGAUGUGCUGGUCAUGGACGACCUGGGAUACAUGUACUUCCGAGACCGGAGCGGGGACACGUUCCGGUGGCGCGGGGAGAACGUCUCCACCACGGAGGUGGAGGGAGCCCUGAGCCGCAUCCUCAACCAGACGGACGUGGUGGUGUACGGAGUGGGAAUCCCAGGUGUGGAGGGCAAGGCGGGCAUGGCGGCCAUCGGGUGA